AUGAGUAUCAAAAGUGAAGAUGUGGAGAAGUUCUUGAAUGCAAACCCACAGUUUGUGAAGAGCUACUUUAGCAAAAAACUCAAACCUGGAGCAGUGGCCUCUGUGAUGGGAAUCCAAGAGUCUGCAGUGGAUUUAGAUUCCUUUGAGCAAGUCUCUCAGGUAGAGGAAGGAGAGAUAUUCUAUGAUUUAAUCAAAGACAUGCAGGAUAAUGUCAACAUGGAGAAGGUGAUCUUUAAGAUCCUGAAGAGAAUCAGUGCCCUUAUCCAUGCCGACCGUUGUAGCCUUUUCAUGUACCGGCAGAGGAAUGGCAUUGCUGAGCUGGCCACUCGACUGUUCAAUGUUAACGCCACAUCAAAGCUGGAAGACUGCAUAGUCUCCCCAGACUCUGAGAUUGUCUUUCCUCUCGAUAUUGGCAUAGUUGGGCAUGUAGCCCACACCAAAAAACACAUCAAUGUCAAGGAUGUUAAUGAGGAUAGCCACUUCUGCACAUUUGUUGAUGAACUGACAGAGUACACCACACACAACAUUUUGGCUACACCUAUAAUGAAUGGCAAGGAAGUGGUGGCAGUCAUCAUGGGAGUAAAUAAAACUACUGGAACCAAUUUCACAGACGAAGAUGAGGAUCUUUUUUUAAAGUAUCUCAAAGUUGGCACACUGAAUUUGAAGAUUUACCACCUGAGCUACCUGCACAGCUGUGAGACACGCAAAGGCCAGCUGCUCUUGUGGUCUGCUAACAAAGUGUUUGAAGAACUCACGGACAUUGAGCGUCAGUUUCACAAAGCUUUGUACACAGUUCGAGCAUACCUCAACUGUGAUCGCUACUCUGUCGGCUUGCUUGACAUGACCAAGGAGAAGGAGUUCUUUGACAUCUGGCCUGUUCUGAUGGAAGAGCAGGCACCAUACUCAGGCCCUCGCACUCCAGAUGGGAGGGAAAUCAUCUUCUACAAAGUUAUUGAUUACAUUUUGCAUGGGAAGGAGGACAUCAAAGUCAUUCCAAAUCCUCCUGCAGACCACUGGGCUCUGGCCAGCGGUCUACCCACUUAUGUAGCAGAAAGUGGAUUUAUUUGCAAUAUCAUGAACGCAGCAGCAGACGAAAUGUUCAGCUUUCAGUCUGAGCCUCUGGAUGACAGUGGUUGGACCAUUAAAAAUGUGCUGUGCCUACCAAUUGUCAACAAGAAAGAAGAAACUGUGGGAGUAGCAACUUUCUACAACAGGAAAGAUGGCAAACCAUUUGAUGAACAGGAUGAAAAUUUAAUGGAGGCUUUGACCCAGUUUCUGGGCUGGUCAGUACUCAACCCGGACACUUAUGAUAAGAUGAAUAAGCUGGAGAACAGGAAAGACAUUGCCCAGGACAUGGUUUUGUACCAUGUAAAGUGUCGAGAUGAUGAGAUUCAGAAUAUCCUUAAAACCAGGGAGCAUUAUGGAAAAGAACCAAGAGACUGUGAAGAGGAUGAACUUUUGCAGAUCCUGAAAAAAGAACUUCCAGGGCCCAGAAAAUUUGAGAUCUAUGAGUUCCGAUUUUCAGAUUUUGACUGCACUGAACUGGACUUGGUGAGGUGUGGGAUCCAAAUGUACUAUGAAGUUGGAGUUGUCAAGAAAUUCCAGGUCCCUCAGGAGGUUCUAGUACGAUUCAUGUACUCAGUCAGCAAAGGUUACAGACGCAUCACUUAUCACAACUGGCGUCAUGGCUUUAAUGUUGGACAAACCAUGUUCACGCUACUAACGACAGGACAGCUGAAGCGCUACUAUACAGACUUGGAGGUCAUGGCCAUGAUCACAGCUGGCUUCCUGCAUGAUAUUGAUCACAGAGGCACCAAUAACCUCUACCAAGUAAAAUCUCAAAAUCCACUAGCAAAGCUGCAUGGCUCAUCCAUUCUGGAGAGACAUCAUCUAGAAUUUGGCAAGUUUUUACUUGGAGAUGAGUCUUUAAAUAUUUUUCAAAACCUCAACAGAAGACAGACUGAGCAUGUUUUCCAUUUAAUUGAUAUUGCCAUUAUCGCAACUGACCUUGCCUUGUACUUCAAGAAAAGGACAAUGUUCCAGAAAAUUGUGGAUCUGUCAGAGACAUAUGAGGAUGAGAAAAAAUGGGUUGACUUCAUGUCUUUGGAAACAACAAGGAAAGAGAUUGUAAUGGCCAUGAUGAUGACAGCUUGCGAUCUGUCAGCCAUCACCAAACCAUGGGAGGUUCAAAGCAAGGUGGCUUUGUCUGUAGCAGCUGAAUUUUGGGAACAGGGUGACUUAGAAAGGACUGUUCUUCAACAGCAACCAAUUCCCAUGAUGGAUAGAAACAAAGCAGCAGAACUGCCCAAGCUUCAAUGUGGUUUCAUAGACUUUGUCUGCACUUUUGUCUACAAGGAGUUCUCUCGCUUCCACCCAGCCACCCAGCCCAUGUAUGAUGGCAUCCAGAACAACCGAAGGGAGUGGAAAGCCUUGCAGGAGGCCUAUGAGGCGAAGCUGAAGGAAGCCGAAGAAGCAGCCAAGGCAAACCAGGAGGCGGCAGCUGCGAAAAAAGGUUUGACUAUUGCCAAUGCCAAUGGAGGUUCAGCAGGCUCCAAGACCUGCUCAGUCUGCUAG